AUGAAGCGGUGGAUGAGACGACAAAACCCGGCUGUACCGAGGAUUCACUUCCAGCAGGAACGGUAUAUUUCCGAACUGCAAGAAAAUACACCCAUCAAUUCCUUAGUUAUUAAAAUACACGCAACUCACAUUACCAAUGAAGCGCUGUAUUAUGCUAUGGUAGCACCAGAAGAUUCUCGUUCAGUUAAUAUUUUUAUUUUGGAUACGAUUUCGGGAGAAAUAAGGGUUGGAAAAGCGCUAGACCGAGAGACAUUGGAUCGGCAUGUGCUAAAAGUGACUGCUUACGAGCGGCUUGAUCCAACUGUGUCAGCAAGCAGUUCAGUGAUCGUGGAAGUACUCGAUGUCCAGGAUAACGCACCAAUCGGCACAACGAUAGCGUCGGUGUUUGCACGAGACAUGGAUAUUGGUUUGAAUGGCGAAAUUUAUUAUUCGCUGGGUGAAGAACUGGGUGCGGAGCUUUUCCAGAUUCACAGUUCAACAGGGGUAAUUCAAACAGCACAGCAUUUGGAUCGAGAAUUGAUUAAUCUUAUCCGGGUGCAUGUGUUUGCGACCGACAAGGGUGUGCCACCGAUGAAUUCAAGUGCUCUCCUGGAGGUUUCCGUUAUCGACGUGAAUGAUAACGCACCUGUCUUUGAGACGGAAUUAUAUAAUGUUUCAAUAUUGGAAAACAUUACAGUGCCUUCUAAUAUUUUGCAAGUGAAGGCAGUGGACAGCGAUUCUGGAUUAAACGGUAUCACCUACCCCAUUGUGCAUUUUUGCCUGAUUUGCACAAAAACGCACUAG